AUGCUCGAAUCAACACCAUGGGCCAACGGCCAGUACUCGCCAUCCACCAGCAAGGGCAAACGCCACCCCGAAGCUCUGCACACCCGCAAGCCUUCCCUCAGCAACUCCGUCUCCAGCAGCGACUCUUCAUCAACACAAUCGACCCGGUCGACGGGCACCGUCCGCCACACCCGGAUUCUCGACUUCGACCCUCUCUCACUGCACCCCACGUUCCACCCGCCACCAAGGCUCUAUGAGCGGCCAUUCAUCCACAACUCUCAGGCCAUUGAGGACGAGGUCAUCAACUCUUACUUCUCCAGCCAGGAAGCCGCGGCCGCAGAGCAAGCCAAGGCUUCCUUCGCCGCCGCCAUCCCCAACAUGCCCGCUCCGCCCGUCGACUCUCCCCGGACGCCCUUGGAGCAGCAAAGUCGUUCCCAGGAGCACGCCGCCGAGGGCGACGACUACUUCCUCUUCAAGGUGCAGCAGCACAUCGCCGCUACCAGGCCACAGCUGCCCCGCUCCCACUGGUCCGAGUCGACCAUCAACACCAUGGCCUCUGGACAAAACGACGAUGACGACGAGGACUCUUCGGAGAACGGCAGUAUCUCCAGCGAGGAGCGGCCCGUGCGGGAGUCCCAGUGGCAGAACUUUUCUCACAAGCGCAAUACGCCGCCUAGCGUGAGACGGCCGCAGAUGAAGUCACUCGAUAGUGUAGAGGAUUUUAUCAAGCGCGGCGGAUGGAAGAGGCGGGGCAUCGUCUUUGAGCAGGAAACCAGCCGGUCCUCCAACACACUGUUCUAA